CGACGAGGCGCUUACCGGCUGCUCACUGCGACUCGGGCACUCGCCGUCGUCGCAACACAACGCGCUGUCCUCCACGCCGGCCGCUCGCGCACGAUCAGCUGUCCGACCACAAUACGCCGACACCGGCCGCGACGCGAGCUGUCAAUAAGCCGCAGUGCGGUGUAACAUGGAGCUUCUGUGCGCGGAGCGCGUGAGUCCCGAUAGCGGCGAUGUGGGCCGGGCGCCGCCGGCGGUGCGGGCCCACCGGGCCGCCGCGCCAGACCCGGUGCUGCUGCGGCGCCGCGUGCUCGACAACCUGCUGCGCACCGAGGAGCGCUACGCCGUCACCGCCAACUACUUUGGCACCGUGCAGACCGAGGUCACGCCGCACAUGCGCCGCCUCGUCGCCGAGUGGAUGCUAGAGGUGUGUGAAGACCAGGGAUGCCAGGAGGAAGUGUUUCCACUGGCGAUAUCUUACUUGGAUCGGUUCCUGAGCACGUGCGCAGUAAGCAAGAGCCAAGUCCAGUUGUUGGGCACAGCGUGCCUACUGCUGGCGUCCAAGCUGCGCGAGCCUGGCUCCCGCGCACUGCCUGCUGAGUUGCUCGUCUUCUACACUGCCAACAGCAUCACACUGGCGGACUUGUGUAGUUGGGAAUUGCUGGUGCUGUCGAAGCUAAAGUGGGACGUCGCGGGAGUGACAGCUCACGACUUCUUGCCGCUGCUGCUCUCCCGGCUUCCACUGCGGGGUCUCGUCAACACCGAAAUGGUGCACAGGCACGCGCAAACUUUCAUCUCGCUAGCUGCUAGAGACUACGAGUUCACGCUGUACUCUGCAAGCACACUGGCGUCGUGCAGCAUCGCGGCGGCAUUGCGCGGCCUCGGCCUCGACGGCCAUCUGCCGCGGCUGCAUGAACUCACGCGCAUUGAUUUGGACUGUCUUCAAACAUGCCUAGAGCAGAUAGAGGAGAUGGUGCAGCACAUGAUCGAGGAGGGCAGCUCCGGGACCCCAAACGGGCAGGCGCGCGAGGCCGCGGCCUGGACGCCGCCGCCGACGCAGGACAAGAGCCACAGUAACGCCGCCACGCCCACCGACGUGCGCGACGUGCACUUCUGAACUAGCUCCGUGUCCACCGCCACGUCCCGCGCCUCACGGACGAUUGCUUUAAUUACGGUGCAUUAGUACGAAAAUACUUUAAACUAUCAUGUUCAAGAUGCCCGUGAUCAAGGACUGAACCCAAGACUGACAAUCGUAUGUCUCUAACGUAGGUAAUUUUGUACGUAUCUUACUAAUCGCAACUUGCGCAUACAUAAUAAAUAAGUGUAAGCCCUGCGUGCUACUUGUAAUUUGCCUCUAGUCUGUGCGUUCACUAAAAUUGUUUUGCAUUGAACGAGUUUACUAUAGAUAGAACUCUUUCAGGUCGUCUAGUUUAUACGGUUCUUGAAAUUACAAUCUACCUCUUAAUAAGUUAAGCUUCAAUUUCACCUGCCGAGUGCUCUAAUAAAUCUGUAAUAGUUUGCCAAUAAAAUAGCUGUUACAAAUAGUCAUUAUCUUGUUACAUGUUCGUAUGGGACCAAAGUUAGCUUCACAUUUUUCUUAUUUUAUAACAUAAACUGACUCAAUCCUUCAGUUACUCUGUAAUUAAAUAAAGUAGUUGUAUCUAGUAGCGUUUGUAAGUAAGAUAUAUUUAUCAGCUGAUUCAAUCACUGUUAGUGGAAGUAAGUCGAGGUACAAUACCUUAAACCUUUACUUAUUCAAUCAUUUUACAAGUUCAAAUUUUUAUCAGGCAAUAAUGUUUUGGUUUGCAAAAUUUUUUCAGAAAUAGAAUGUCAUCGGAUGUAUGUUAUUGUAUCGGGGGAAGGCAAUAAGUUACGCUUGUGUAUUGUAAAAACUAAUUAUACGUACAUUUCAUAUUAUAUUUAUAACACAGUAUGGAGUCAGUAACUUUGUAUAAAAUUAGCCGUGCAACUGCAAUUAAUAUUUACAUAAUUAUUAGAAUAGGUAAUAGAUGUAGACAAGGGGCUGUAUAUUUUUGUUUCGAUAGUGCACUUUGAACUUAUGUAUGUAAGCAAAUUGAUUUAUUACCUUUGUUCCUUACAUAUUAGUUGAUAAAAUAUUGUGAUAAGUGUUAUAAAUUUUAAUUUAAUUUCGUAUCGUAGUCACUUCCAGUCAUAAUAUGUUAACUUAGAAGUACUAUGCGAGACCAUUUCGGAUUGUUGCUAAACGAAAAUGUAAAAGAAAAACAAUGUGAUCCAUGCUUAAGGUUUUAGGUUAGCACUUAGUUAUUAAAUCACACGAUCGAUCGUUCCUAUGUUUGAACCAUCAGAACUAAACAUACACGCAAUAGUCAUCAAGUUCCACUAUUUUGUACUUAAUGUUUCGACUAGACUAAUUAAGUAUCGAAGCGCUAGUAACUUUAAUUAAAAAAUUGUGAUACAGUAUCUUCAUAUUUAGAUUGUACGUAGGUAUGUGUUAAUUAAGUACGGGUGGAGUAGCUAGGAGUUUACAGUGAGUGCUGGUUAAAAUAGGAUUAUCUUUAUGUUAGUGUAAGUUAGUUAUUUGCACAUUAAGUUAUCAGUAGUUACAUAUAAAGUGAACAAGAAAUCACUCCAAUGUCUUCCAAGAUUACGUAAGACGGGCAGAACGUUGAGGUGUCACGUCUCCUAAGUUUGUUAAGGUAUUGAGUUUAUAUUUUUAUAGUUUUCGUACUUCUUGUUAUAUAUCACAUACACCUGAUUGUUCGUACAGAUUAUAAAUUUAAUUACUAUGUAGGAUCUGGUGUCGAUGUACAUAUUAGAUAAACCUGUAAAUAUAUUAUAUAGAUGUGCUGUAAGCAUGUGGUGCCAUAAGUUACACUACUAAACGAGUAUUUUAUUAAAGAUACAUAUAUUCAUUCAUAGGAUACAUAGAUAGAUACUUGGAUUUAUCUCGGAGACUUGAUACAAUACCUUGAAAUAUUUAAAUAACUGUAUUUGUUGAGUGAUACCCUUCAAUGCAAAAAUAUAGGUAUAUUUAAUUUGCACAAACUUGGUUGUGGAGUAGUCAUACCUAAUGUUUAGGUAUCGCAAUAGUAAAUACUGCGUCAGAUGAGAACAUACUGCCGAAUAGAAAUAUAUGCUUAAUAUAUAGCUUGUAUAUAAAAUUAUGUGGGAAAACAUACGCAUUACGAAGUUAGUCUUAUUAAUUGCUAUUUGGCUUUUGGACUGGCUUUUUUCGAAAUAGUGUAAGAAAUUUACUAUUUUUAUUAUGAAUUUAGAUUAUAAAAAUGUUAAGGAAAAUUGUAUUUUCCGAAGAUGCGAUUUAUAAAAACGGAUAAAAUGCUUUAGAGCUACUUAGCUCAAAUAGAUUUGUGAGCUUUGAGCGAUUUAUAAAAUAUACUUUAAUAAUAUUAUAAGGACCAAAAUUCUAAAAGUAAUUAUGACAGAACAUUUUCAUUACUUUGAUUUUUAUUGUGAUUUAUUAUAUUUAAGUGACAUAUUGGAUUAUAGUAGAAUUAAGUCGUUGAGAGUGUAAAUAUCUAAAGAAAAAGUAAUAAAAAAUUCCAAAAUAUAAACGAA